AUGGGGAGCAUUGUGUACUCUUGGCUAAGACACAUGGAAAUCAUCUCAUCUCCUCUCAUUUGCACCUCCUUCAACAUGAGAGUUGGUAGACUCGGUUCAGAAUAUGAUCCUUGCACUGAGGGUCACUCCACUGUAUUUUUUAAUCUACCUGAGGUCCAAAAGAAACUUCAUGUUGAUCCAAAUCACAAGCCUGCUAAAUGGGAGACCUGCAGUGAACUCGUAAAUAACAACUGGAAGGAUUCUCCAAGAAUAAUGCUCAAUAUUUAUCAUGAACUUAUUCAUUUCAAAUUGAGGAUAUGGAUGUUUAGUGGUAAUACAGAUACCGUAAUCCCUGUGACAUCUACUCGCUAUAGCAUAGAUGCUCUCAAGCUUUCACCUUUGAGCCCUUGGCAUGCAUGGUAUGAUGAUACGGAAGUAAUGAAACAUGUUGGAGGAUGGAUCCAAGAAUAUGAUGGACUCACGUUUGUGGUUAUAAGGGGUGCAGGGCAUGAAGUUCCUUUGCAUAAACCAAAACUUGCUCUUGCACUUUUCAAAGCCUUCUUAGCAGGAACCUCUAUGCCUACCCUUGAGCUAGUCAGUGCCUCAUGA